GUAAUUAAAGUCGCCGCUGCUGCGCGCGGUCCCACCCUCCCCACGGGCCGGCUCCUCUGGCUGACGGGAGGGGACAGAGGGAGACGGCCCUGCCGCGGAGACGCGUCACCUCCGGCACCGCCACCGCGCACUCGUUCGCUCGCCGCGGCAGCACAGACGGCGGCGGCUCCCCCUGUUCCGCGCACCCCUGCGCACCCCUGCGCACCAUGGUCCCCGCAGCUCCCCGCCUCGUCCUCGGCCUUCUGGUACUGAGUUUGUGCUGUGAAGCUUGCAAGAAAGUAAUUUUUCAUGUUCCUUCUGAACUAGAGGCUGACACAUUAGUUGGCAGAGUUGAUUUGAAGGAAUGCCUUCCGUCUGCAGAGUUCAUCAGUUCCACUGAUGGGAACUUCAAAAUUCUAGAGGAUGGUUCUGUGUACACAACAUCAACUAUUUCUUUGUCUGCUGAGAGAAAGAAUUUUACCAUAUUACUUAAUGACAUUCAAGAACAUGUACAAAAGAAAAUACAUGUUAGCUUGGUAAAAGAAGAAAAAAAGACCCAGACAGAGAGGACCAGGCAUGCUAGAGAUACAGUUCUCAAGCGAACCAAAAGAAGGUGGGGCCCUAUUCCAUCCGUUAUGAUAGAGAACUCACUGGGACCUUUUCCGCUACAAAUUCAGCAGGUCCAGUCAGACACAGCCCAGAACUACACCAUUUAUUAUUCUGCAAGUGGACCUGGAAUUGAUCAAGAUCCAAAGGGUUUGUUUUACAUAGAAAGAGAAACUGGAAAUAUCUUUGCUACUCGUGCAGUAGACCGUGAACAAUAUCCAAGCUUUCAGAUCAUUUGCUUUGCAACCACUCCUGAUGGUUAUUCACCAGAGGUACCACUUCUGCAUACAAUCAGGAUAGAGGAUGAUAAUGAUAAUGCUCCGUAUUUUACACAAGACCUUUUUGAGUUUUCUGUCCCAGAAAAUUCCAAACCUGGUAUAAUUGUUGGAAAAGUGACUGCAGAGGACAAAGAUGAGCCUUAUACUCUGCAUACUGCUUUGAAGUACCGCAUUGUGUCACAAAAUCCACCAAUACCCCCAGUGUUUUCUUUACAUGGUGACACAGGUGUCAUUUCUGUAGCAUCACCGCAGCUGGAUAGAGAGGUGGAAUCUGGAUACCUUUUGUUAAUAGAAGCAAGAGAUAUGGCAGGUCAGCCUUUUGGUUUGUGCACUACAGGAACAGUUACUGUUAGAAUUGAAGAUACAAAUGACAACGCACCGUCCUUUAGACAGACACAAUAUGAAGUACGAGUGGAGGAAAACAGAGUGAAUGUAGAAAUACUGAGAAUCCCUGUUGUUGAUCUCGAUGAACCUCGUUCGCCUGCCUCAGCAGUAGUGUUUGAAAUUAUAAGAGGAAAUGACGAUCGGUCCUUUGAAAUUACAACAGAUAGAAACACAAAUGAAGGAGUACUGUGUGUUGUUAAGGGACUGGACUAUGAAACCGCCAAGCAAAGGGUCCUGGUGAUUGCAGUCAACAAUGAGGCACCCUACAUGCUGGUACCACAUUCACAACAAGUUUCCCAGAGCACCAGCUCUGUUACUGUGCAUGUCAUGGAUGUGGAUGAGGGGCCGGUGUUUAAACCCUGUCUCUUACGCAUAGACGUUAAAGAAUGUGAAGACAUUGGGACAAGUAUUGGGAGAUACGUAGCAGAAGAUCCAGAGACGGGAAAUAGUGAAGGCAUAUGCUACCGGAUAGCACCUGGCCAAUGUAAUUGGAUCAGCAUAGACGAAAAAUCUGGUGAAGUCAGAACCAUUAGAGUCUUGGACCGAGAUGUAGCAGAAAUGAGACAAGGUCAAUGCAAUAUCACAGUCCUCGCAAUAGACAGAAAUGGCAAAACAGGCACUGGAACAAUUCAGGUUGUCAUCCAGCCUGGGAACAAGAAUUACCCACGAAUCUUGAAAACUGACUAUAUAAUGUGCAGGGACAGAAAACCCAUCUGCCUUACUGCACAGGAUGGUGACGCAUCUCCUUACAGCGCGCCCUUCGUAUAUCGCAUAACUGACCGUAACUUGGCUUCUUCGUGGAAAAUAACUCGACACAACGAUAAUUCUGUGUAUCUUUCACCAAAGGGUGAUAUUCCAUUUGGAAUAUAUGAUAUUCCUGUAAGUGUGACUGAUAAUGGAGGAAAGGUAGGAGAGACCCAUGUAAAAGUUAACUACUGCGAUUGCAUGACUCCAACUGAAUGCAAUGGUAGUACCCGAGAGCUUCGUGAAGGAAGCGUUACUCUUGGCAUAUGGGCCAUCCUUGCAAUGAUCUUAGGAUCACUGUUGCUGCUGUUAAUCCUGAUCACAAUUUGUGGCUGCUGUGGCACUGGGGUAAUGCACAGGCAUGUGACUGAUGAUUGUGCCAAUCACAAUUUAAUAAUUUCGAAUACAGAAGCUCCAGGAGAAGAAGUGAUGGAUCAUAAUAUAAUUCCUCUACAAACUACAACUGAUCAAGGAGGAUAUGGAAUAAAAACAGGAGAUCAGCAAACAUUUGAAUCAGUAAAAGGAAGAGGGCAUACCUUGGAAUCGGUCAAAGGAGGCGGACAUCAGACUCUGGGAUCAGUUAAAGAAGGAGGAGGACAGACUGUGAUGGAUACGUGUAGAUACUCCUACUCAGAAUGGCAUAAUUUCACACAUCCUCGUUUAGGUGAAGAAUCCAUUAGAGGACACACUCUGAUUAAAAAUUAAUCAAUGAAAGAAGGUGCACCUAUGCAGACAGGAUGAAGAACAGAAGCAUUCUGAAGAUUAUCUUCUUUCGUAUCACUAUGAAGGAAAAGGAUCCUUGGCUGGCUCUGUAGGCUGCUGCAGUGAUCAGCAUGAAGAAGAGGCACUUGACUUCUUAGAUCAGCUGGAACCCAAGUUUAGGACAUUAGCAGAAGCAUGCGUAAAAAGAUAAAUGUGCCUUUCACAGUGCUGAAAAAAGACCUGUAAAUAAGUGGCUGUCAUACUUUUGUGAUAUUAGGUAUUUUGGAAUAGAGGGAGAGAGAAGUUUAUCAAAAAUAGUAUAGGCUGAUGAGAGUGUAAGUAAUUCUUACUUAAAAUUUACAACUAUUUUUUUAUCUCUGCUAGACACAUUCCAUCAAAAAUAAGGGAUUCAAAAUGAUUUUUCUUUAGACUAUGUUAAUUUAGUGAAGCUAGUUUCUACUUAGAUUACCUUUCCUAUUCUUUGUGAUUACUCAAAAUGCAAAACUUGGUGUUGCCCUUUUAAUUAAUUAUUCAGCUUCAAAAUUUUAUUGUAUUUGGCUUUGGAGAAGGAAAGCUUUUUAACUCACUGUUUCUUUGUUUUCUUUUAAUGCUGUAGAAAUAAACCAAAAAACAUUACUGGUGGAUAUCAAAUACCUUGUUAAUUUUUAACUUAAAUGAAUUGAAAUACAAAACACUUCUUCAUUUUUCACAUUAAAAAUACUGAUGAAUACAUUAGAAAAUUUUAUAUUUUGAUUGAAAAUUAAAUAUAUAUAUAUAUUGUAUAUAUGUAAAAUAAUAUUCAAAAAUAUAUUUUUCUCCUAAUGGGUUACCACCCAUCACACUUGCUAUCCUAAGGGAUUAUGGCGUCACCACAUAGGGUAUCAGCAUUGUAUGCGAGUAUAUAUUUUUCUUUUAAGGAAAUAAAAGAUUUAAAACAAAAUCAGGAAAUGGGGUGACUAUUGUAAUUCUAAUGAGUGCAAGACAAAUCUCAUGUUUACUUCACAUAAGUUUGUACCUCAGUUUCUUGUGAGUUUUAACACAGUAUCAUUGCAGAAAUGAUGAGCAUUGCCAAGAGUUUUGUUCAGUGUAGCUACCACUACCUUUUUUACUUGCCUUGUUACCAACUUCAUUAAAAUGUUUCUUUCUGUAAGUAGAACUUCACAGAAAAUACAACUCAAAUGGACUGAGCAUACACUGCAUUAAUAAUGUGUUUUAAAAAUAGCUUUAUUUGAGAUGCAAAAUUACACAGGGUUAGACUAUUUUGAGUGUUUAUGUGGUGGACGUAGAGGUAUGCAUUUACACAGAUCUCUGGCAGAAAUCAUCUGAAUCCCAUUUGUUAUUUUACUAGAUUAAGCAUACAUAUACACUAUAUAUAUAUGAAAGUCUGAAAUACCUUUGACAGAUGACAGUAGUGAGACCUGAGUACUGCCAUAAGCUAUUUCUGGAAUUCAGCCUCUGCUUCCCAGGUUUCCUGUGUUUUUAAUAUUUGCACUUCUGGUUAAACAGCCUGUCCUCUGCAAUCUGGGAAUUCUCUUGUGCCUUAAAAGAAUUUUCUUCCUGCCUAUCAGAAAGAGAAACUUGUGCAAUUACUUAUUUCUGUUGUUAUAAUUCUGGUUUUAUGAGUUGCUUUGUAAACAUAUGAUUUAUGGAGAUAUUUUUAAAAAUUUACUAUAGCUAAUGAUCUGUAAAAGGAACUAUUAGUAACAACAAAAAGUCGCGCUGCUCUAAAUUUCAGUGUGCAUCUGCUGCUGACUUCCAGUGGUUGUGGUUCAUUCCACACAGGUUAUGGUCAGUGAAAACCCAUAACAGUAUAAAAACUUACCCAAGUUAUAAAAUAGUACUUUUGAAACCUUCUAUUUCACACUGUAAAUGGGCUUCAGACUAUUUCUGAUAAGAACUAGUUGUGGCUAAUAACUUUGUGGACCAAUGUUAUAUAUAUUCCAUCAUUUGAAAGUGGUGAUGAAUUCAUCCAGAACUGGAUACACUGACAGUGGUAAGAGCAACAGUCACCAGCAGCAAAACACCAGAUGAGAACCAAGAUGUUAUAAACUUACUUGAUCUUAAAAAUGCAUGCUAACAGUACUCAUCUGGACACUACUCUUCUUUAUCACUAACUAACGUGAAUGAGUUUUGCUGCACAAGGGAAGGCACAUCUGGGGCUGAUGUGGGCAGGAUGGCUCAGCUGAUGACAGUGGGGCUGUGCUGACUUUAUGCCAAGUGAAGAUCUGUCCCCAGUGAUGUCCUUACUACUUUGUGUCUUUCAUCUUUAUCUUCAGUUAUUUGCUAUACACUUUUUAAGGUAGUGUUAAUGUCUUCCCCUCCCUCCUUUUAGUGUUUGGUGUUUUCUUUUGGUUUUUAAAUUAUAUAAAAAUCCUAUAGCUCGGAAGGACCUAGGAUAAAUAACAGAAUGCACUCUUGAAAAUUACUUGGGGGAUGGCAUAGACAAAUCUCUGCAAAUAUGUUUUCUUUCCUCAUGAAAUACAAUACUAGUACUGUUCUAAAAGAAUAGACCAAAUGUGUAUGAGUUUUAAUUGAUGUUGGCUCUUUUAAGUAGAUGGUUGUCCCCUUUCCACUCUGGAGUUAAAAUAAUAACUUAUUGAAACCAAAAUAAUGUUUUCUAGUCUAAUUUACCUUAAAAAUGUUUUUAUUUUUUCUUUUACAUUUCAACAAACAUAGAUAAUUGGUUAUGUGCAUUUUUUGUCCAUUUUCAAACAAAGCACAAAUUUGCAAGCACUUCUACUUGUUUGUGUCUUUUAAAAAUCAAAGUUGUGAACUGAACCAGCUAUUUCUGUAAAACCAAGAGUAGAAGGGUAAUUGAGGUGCUUUAAAAAAUGAACUGUAAGUCAUUAUUUUCAUUGUAUCCUCUAAUCUGAAUGAAAAUUUUGUAUAAAGCAUUAAGGUUUACAAAUAUAAGUACCAAAUAACAUUUGGUGAAGCCUAAAAAUGAAAUAUUUCAAAAUGUAUAAUUCACUUGUUGUUACUGUUUCAAAUCACUUUAAAAAUUGUGAAGAUUUGUUCUUCUCAACUAGAUAAUUUGCAAACUAUCUAGUUGUGUCAACAUUAUCUUAACAUCAUGUUUUAGGUUUUUUUUGUACAACAGUGAGUGAUAAAUUUUUUUUCCAAAUAAAAGGAUCUUCUACAAAAA